CAAGAAGGUACAGGGAAGGUGGAGGGAGGAGAAAUGGUGGUUUUCCGGAGAUUGGUCAUAGGAGGAACUGACCAGUAACCAUUUAAGGGAAAAAGAAAGAGGAGACCUUAAAGGGCAUGAAAUAAAGCGGAGUGACGUUGCUAUAUAUUCCGUAAUUCUUCUCUGUAGCUUUUUUACUAAUUUUCCCUCUACUCAAACCGUGAAUUAGUUUUCUUUGUUGAAGGGAUAGCGAUUAUUCUCUCUUUCUCUCUCUAUUUCGUUGUUCUCGUGUUUCAGAUUUCGUCCGUACCUCAAUCAUCUAUCCUCUUCUCUGGUUUUAUUUCUAAAGCCCUUUAUUUUCAAUUAUAUUCACCAUUUUGCCAGCCCAGAAUGAGAGAGAGAGAGAGAGAACCGAAGAAGUGGGGACAAAACCCUAACGAAGGAAACGAAAGGAAAGCAAAGGAAAGGAAAGCGGUGUGAAAUGUUCAAGUAGACAACUUUUCGUUUACUUGUUCUUCUAUGUGGUUAUUUUACAGUUUUUGAGAGAGAUCUGAUGAGACUUUGAGAGCUUAGUUGGAAUCAAUUAUGGUUUUCUUCGGUUCAGUUCACUUUUAUUCUUUCGCAGCAGUUUGUAGCAGUAAUCCGUGGAAGAUCGACAAACAGAACUGAGAAUUUUGGCUGGCGGCGAGAAAUUCCGACAAUAAUAGUUUUUUUUUUUGGUUUGGGUUUGUUGUGGAUUUAGGAUGGGUUUGAUUUCUGGUUUUUCGUGUCGUUGAAGUGUUUGUUUCGCUGAGUAGAUGGAGAUCAGGAGGUAGGGCAUGCAAAGUUAUAUGGAGGAGAGAAGAUCUAGAAGUCCGUAAAGGCUGCGAAGUAUCGCAGUUUGAACUUUUUUGAAACCCAUCUGUGUCGAGGUCGUUCUUCCAAUUUUCUGUACGAUUCACGGUUGACGAAUGGAAGACGUGGGUGCGCAAGUCGCUUCCCCUAUUUUCUUUCAAAAGGCACUUCCUGGUCGAUUCUGUGAAGCGCCUCCUUUGGCGAAGAAGCGUGAUCUGCCAUGGCAAGCCGCUUCUUUUAACCAACAAGCGCAGCAGCGGUUCAACUCCCCUCCUCAACAGGUGAAGGGUAAUUGGAGCCCUAAGGUUUGGGACUGGGAUAGUGCGAAGUUUAUUGCCAAGCCCUCGGAGGUUGACGUUCUCCGUUUGGGGACACCUGUAGCUGUAGUUGAACCUGGAAAGAAGAAAAAUGUGGAUGAGCAGGUUUUGAAGAAGAAUACUGGUGAUGAAGAUGGUGAGAACCUCACGUUGAAGCUUGGUGGCAGUUUAUAUUCAGUCGAGGAGAAUGCAUCGAGACCCAACAAACGAGUCCGAUCUGGCUCUCCUGGUGGCGGCAGCUACCCAAUGUGUCAGGUAGAUGAUUGUAGAGGAGAUCUGUCAAAUGCAAAGGAUUAUCACCGUCGACAUAAGGUGUGUGAGCUUCACAGCAAGACCACCAAAGCACUUGUGGGGAAGCAGAUGCAGAGGUUCUGCCAGCAGUGUAGCAGAUUUCAUCCCCUUUCUGAAUUUGAUGAGGGUAAGAGAAGCUGUCGGCGUCGGCUUGCUGGGCACAACCGGAGGAGGAGAAAAACCCAACCAGAGGAUGUUUCCUCAAGGUUAAUGGUACCUGGAAGCAGGGAGAACACUGGUAGUGGGAACCUUGAUGUUGUCAAUUUGUUAACCAUUUUAACUUGUUUGCAAGGGAAUAAUGUAGAUAAAAGUGCAAAUAGUCCGCCAAUACUACCCGACAAGGAGCAGCUCAUCCAGAUUAUCAGCAGGAUUAAUAAUUCACUACCUCAUGCUGUCAAUUCUGCUUCUUGGUCACCAACGGGAAGUUUUGACCUAAAUGUUUCACAAGAAGCUCCGUCAGACCUCUCUAAUAAAAUUAAUGGCAGCAUAUCUGCUCCAUCAACCACGGAUUUGCUUGCUGUUCUUUCAGCUGCGUUAGCAUCAUCUUCUCCUGAUAGUGUUGGGCUUAGGUCUAUAAGAAGCAGCCAUGGCAGUCAUGAUGACAAAGCCAAAUUAAACACCUUAGACCAGGAUGCUAGUAUUGCCUCACAGAAGGAAUCGACUUCAAAGUUUCCAUUGGUUGGAGGAGAGAGGAGUAACAGUGACUUCCGGUCUCCAAUUGAAAUUUCAGAUAGCCAGAUUCAAGAGUCUCGACCGAGUUUGACGUUCCAGCUUUUUAGCUCCUCUCCUGAGGGUGAUAGCCCACCGAAAUUGGGUUCUUCUGGGAAAUAUUUCUCCUCUGACAGCAGUAAUCCUACGGAAGAGAGGACACCGUCAUCAUCACCUGUUGUGCAAAAACUAUUCCCAUUACAGACUCGAACAGAAAUCAUGAAACAUGAGAGGUCAAUCAGUGGAGAAGACAAUGGUACAAUUGAGGCCAGCACUACUCGUGGUUGGAGCUCAGGGCUGGAACUCUAUACAAGACCAAAUGGCAGAGUUGAAAACUGUUCAGUUCAAAAUCUCCCAUACCAGGCAGGCUACAGUUCUUCCUCUGGGUCUGACCAGUCUCCUUCUAGUUCAAAUUCUGAUUCUCAGGACCGUACUGGACGGAUCAUUUUUAAAUUAUUUGGUAAAGAUCCUAAUGAUUUUCCUGGGACACUACGUACACAGAUUUUUAAUUGGCUUUCUCACAGUCCAUCUGAAAUGGAAAGCUACAUUAGGCCUGGAUGUGUGGUUCUUUCGGUUUAUUUGUCAAUGCCUUAUAUUGCCUGGGACCAACUCCAGGAAGACCUUCUACAGCGUGUCGACUCACUAAUACAUGAUCAAGAAUCUGGUUUUUGGAGGAGUGGAAGGUUUCUGGUUCAGGUGGAUGGGCAGUUAGUAUCACAUAAAGAUGGAAAGGUCCAUCUGUGCAAAUCUUGGAGAAUGUGGAAUGCUCCUGAGAUAAUCUCUGUCUCUCCAUUGGCUGUCGUGGGUGGGAAAGAGACAUCUCUUGUGUUGAAGGGUCGAAAUCUGACUGUUCCGGGCACCAAAAUCCAUUGCACCUAUAUGGGUGGAUACCUGUCGAAGGAAGUUUCUGGAUUGUCCUAUGAAGGCACAAUGUAUGAUGACUCAAGCAUAGAAAGUUUUAAAUUUUCUGGAGGAUCUCCUGGUGUUCUGGGCCGCAUUUUCAUAGAGGUAGAGAAUGGUUUGAAAGGAAACUGCUUUCCUGUUAUAAUUGCUGAUGAUACCAUCUGUCAAGAACUCAAAGUCCUUGAAUCUGAACUCGGGGCAGAUACUAGAAUGGCUUGUAUUUCGGAAGAUCAUCUUCAAGAUUUUGGGCAGCAAAGAUAUAGGGAGGAUAUUCUGCGCUUCUUAAAUGAACUCGGAUGGGUUUUCCAGGGGAAGAGCACUCUGAGGUCUGAAGGUCUGGGUUCUUCAUAUUUGCGGUUCAGAUAUCUUCUUUCCUUCUCAGUUGAUAGGGACUGGUGUGCUCUGAUUAAGACUCUCCUGGAUAUACUUGUGGAGAAAAACUCAGGGAAGGAUGGACUGUCAAGGGAGUGCAUGGAGGCACUCUCUGAGAUUCACCUAUUAAACAGGGCAGUGAAGAGGAAGUGUCGGAACAUGGUUGAAUUGCUUGUCCACUAUUCUUUCAGUAGCAGUAAUGGCACCCAAAAAUACAUGUUCCCCCCAAAUUUGGCCGGACCAAGUGGUGUCACACCUCUGCAUUUAGCUGCUUCUAUGAAAGAUUCAGAGGAGUUGGUUGAUGCUUUGACAAAUGAUCCACAAAAGAUUGGAUUGAGCUGCUGGGCCUCACUAUUGGAUGCAAGUGGACAGUCCCCAUAUGCAUAUGCAUCGAUGACGAACCACCACUCAUACAACAAGCUGGUGGCUCGGAAGGUUAUUGACAGAAAACAUGGUCAGGUCACGGUCAUGGUUGGGGAUGAGAUGUCCUUAGAUCAGUCAUGGAUAAUAGCGGAGCAGGCUGAGAGACGAGGAAUCCAGUCUUUGCAAAGGAGGCAGUCUUGUACUAGAUGUUCGGUUUUGGAGACCAGAUACAAGAAGCGAAUGGCAGGUGCGCAUGGGUUGCUUCAGCGGCCCUAUAUCCAUUCAGUCCUGGCAAUUGCCACAGUCUGUGUUUGUGUGUGUGUCUUCUUCAGAUGCCUCCCUGUGAUUGGGUCUGUUGCUCCCUUCAAGUGGGAGACUUUGCAAUAUGGUUCAAGUUAGACUGCUGACCAGGUGGAGAUAAUAAGCUUGACAAAUCUUUAAAGGGUAAAGAGAUUAGGUCCCAGAAGAGGAGAUGGGGAGUGGUCUGUUGAGUUUCAGAUUCUGCGUGCUUCUCACCCAUCUUGAAUGGGUUCCUGUGGGUUUAGGUUACUUUUGGCCUAUUUGUGUAGAUAGGUGGAUAGGGGAUCGGCAUCUUUCAUUGCCCAUAAGAUUUGAUAAGGAACCCUGAAAAGAGUGUAAUUUGGGAUUAGCAAAGGAAGGCAGGGGGGAAGGGGGAGGGGCAGAAGAAGAGAAUGGCAAGAAGGGAACCUCUUAGCCCCUCCCCCACUGGCUCCCCUCUUUCCUGUUUUUUUUACACAGGGAAAGCGGAGGGCAGAGGAUUAGAUUGUUUGUACGUAA